UGAAAGUAGCUUUUUAGUUUCACUUCUGCUCUUUAAAAGCCUUUUAAAUCUCUGUGAAGCAAAUGCUCUUGGUAAUAGAGAAACAGUGAUAUCAGAUGAAAGGAAGAGGAAGGAAAGAAGAAAUUCUUAAAUAUUUUCCAAAGGAAGAGACUCUUUACAAUCAGACAUGGAACGGGGUUACAAGAUUGCCACACGUUUAGGAAAUAAAAAAGACUUGUGUAUGUUUCUAGCCCUUCAUAUGGAGAAUUCUCCAAUGUGUGUUAGCCCAUCUGAAAAGUUCAAUAAAACUGGGAUUGUUGUGUGUGAGUCAGACAAAAUACACAAAGUGGUAGCAAUGAGCUGCUCCAGAGAAAACUUGCAUGCUGUGCAACAUGUUGUGCUGAACGUUCCCUGUUCUUUGAGUAACUGCACUGUGUAUUUGUCCAGGAAACCCUGCUCCACCUGUACUACAUUUCUCAUUCAAGGAUCAGUUUCUUCAGUCUAUUACUGGCCAAUGUCUCCAGAACUAAAAGGGGAAGAUUCAGCAGUUGAGGAAGAUCUCAAGCAAGUUGACCAAAUGUUCCUCAGAAGUAAUAUAAGUAGCAGUGUUUUUCUACCAAUCACAGACUCUGACACUGUAUUUAAGAUUUCAUCUAGAAUCAAAAUAUACAAGUGCACAGAAUGCAGUUCCCAUUAUGCUGAGGCUGUCCCUAAAGACAUGGAAAAAAAUAGUUCAUUGCUUAAUAUGCAAGGACAUAUAAGGAUAUGUGCAGAGCAGAUGAAGAAUUCAUUGUGUUGCCUUGAUUGUUUACUGCAUUGUCCCCAUGGAAAAUUUGAAAAAAAAGAAAAGAUUGAUGUGGAAAAAAUGCACACACAUGCAUUGCAGCUUUGUUAUCUUUUAGCAGCAAGAUCUGAUGAUCCAGAUCGAGGUGUGGGUUGCAUAUUAUACAAUCAGAAUGGAUAUUUUUUUGGGGCAGGUUAUAAUGGAUACCCUAUUGGUGCAAUAUUUGCAAACCUGCCUUGUGCAGGUAGAGACGUCAAAAAAGAGUCAGGAACAGCAAAAGGACCAGUCCUUAUCCAUGCUGAAGCAAAUGCUCUACUUUUCAGAUCCAGAAAAAAAAUAGAAGAGAAUGAUGUUCUUUAUUGCACGAAACCGCCCUGCUCUGAAUGUCAGAACUAUAUACAGUUUGUGGGCAUAAAGAAAAUUGUUUCCGUACAAGAAUCAUCACAAUCAUCAUCAAACCAACAAGACUCCACAGGUUCUUUAAAGAGCAACUUUGAAUAUUAUCAGUGGAAACCUCAAUAUGCGGAAUGUUCUGCUUCCCCCCUCAGUAAACAAACAGAGAAUUCAGAAAAAAGAGAUGGAGAAGAAACAGAAAGAAAGAAUGAUAAAGGUCCUCCUUCUCGUCUACCAAAUAAAGAAGACUUGUGCAUCUUCUUAGCACUCCAUAUGGAAAAUUCACCAAACUGUCAAGAGCCAAGAUGUAAAUAUGUUGGUAACAAACAAAAAACCUCAAAUAUCUUAAAAUUUUUCAAAACUGGAAUUGUCAUCUGUGAAGCUAACAAACCGAAAAGGAUUAUCACAAUGGACUGCUCCACUGAGGAUCUUCAUGCUGUGCCAAAAGCAUUGUUAAGGUUUCCAAAUGCACUGAGAUGCUGUGAAGUUUACCUGUCUCGAAUGCCUUGCAUCAGUUGUGCAAAACUUUUGAUUCAAGCUCAAAUUUCUCAAGUGUAUUACUGGCCUAAUCUUGAAAUACAAACAACAGAAGUAAAUCUGAACAAAAUUGAAAUGGAAGCUGAACAUGUUGAUAACAUCUUUAGGGAAAGCUAUAUCACUGCAGCAGUCUACAUACCAAUAUUAAAUGCUGAAAUGGUGAAGCGAAGGAUUUUUCCACGAAUAGGAUCAUCUCCAGUUGAGAAGGGCAUCACUCCAAUUACCUCUGUAUAUGAUCAUAAACUAUCACCUAAACUUUUAGAAAUACUUAACCUGGCGCACAUUAAAAAAGAUAAACCAUUCCAAGAAUCAUAUAAAGAUGAUAUUGCUAAAGCAAAGGAAUCUUUUCAGACCCUGGCAGGUGGCAUUGAUACCGAAAUAAAGGAAAAUAAUUUUCAAGAGGAUAAACAUGCCAUUCAAAGACAGCCCAAGUAUACUCAUGCAUUGCAGCUCUGUAACUUACUAGCAGCCAGAAAUGACAGUCCUAAUACUGGAGUGGGGACACUGAUCUACAGGAAAGAAGACAUUGUCGCUGUUGGCUACAAUGGAUUUCCAAAAGGGACAGUGAAUAGUCUGUUUGCACAGAAGGAUGAUGGUAGUUGUGACCAGCAUGCAAUCAUAUGUGCAGAAGCUAAUGCAAUUAUUCUGAGAACUGAGGAUGAUCUGAGUGACACUGAAUUAAUCACCACAUGUGAGCCCUGUAGUGACUGUGAAAACCUAAUUAAAGCAAUGAAGAUAAAGAAAAUCAUUUGGCCUAAUCGAGAUGUAAAAAAGCAACCAGAAGGUGCAACUAACAAUCCAACAGAAGAAGAAAAUAAUCCAAGCACUGAACCGUUUCAAGUAAAAAGCAGCAUCAAAAAACAUUGUGAUGAAAAGAUUUUAGCACUCCAAGCUGAUCGAGAGAAAUGUAAUAGAAAGGAUACUAAAGGAACUUCAGUCUCAGGAGGAAAGGAAGGAAAGACAAUGGAAAUACAGUCACCAGCAGAUGAGGGACAUGCUUCUGGUGAGCAGGCCAUUUUAAAUUCAUCAGAAGCAUCUGCAUCCCACAGAGAUGGCAUAGUGAAAGAAGACAGUGAAAAAACAAAUCCUUUAUUGACUGAGACUGAAUCAGAGCUAGAAACUGAAUCCUUGGACAAGCCAAAAGAGUCACAUAAUGCAGAGGGGCCAUCUGUGAAUGCUGCAGAAGAUGAACCAGUAUAAACAUCAGAACAAUCAGAAGAGUUUUAGGGACAUGGCAACCCCCCCAAAAAUCUCAGAUAGUUCAGUAUCAGGUUAUUAAUCUUGAGAUGCCAGGCACUAUAUGAUGUUAUAAACUUAAAAUAAUAAUGCAUUUUAAUUGUAUAGGUAUCUCUUUCCAUAAGUUUCUAGGCAUCUUAGCAAAAAUAACUGAAAACAUAAUAUAUGACAGUUCCACACAAACGGCUCCAUAAUCUGGUUGGGCAUUUCCCAGGCUGUUGUGUUUGGGAUCCAGUGAGAUGGGCCCUGUGUGCUCUUUAAGUCUCCUGAACAGAGUCCAGACCUUACCCCUGUGACAGUGAAAGCCAACAGACAUACAGAGAAACUUUGCACAGCAUUCUAAGGGUACGUCCACACUACCCGCCGGAUCGGUGGGUAGCGAUCGAUCUAUUGUGGAUCGAUUUAUUGCGUCUCGUCUAGACGCGAUAAAUCGAUCCCCGAACGCGCUCCAUGUCGACUCCGGAACUCCAUCAGGGCGAGAGGCAGAAGCGGAGUCGACGGGGGAGCCGCGGCCAUCAAUCCCGCGCCGUGAGGACGGGAGGUAAGUCGAUCUAAGAUACGUCGACUUCAGCUACGUUAUUGUCGUAGCUGAAGUUGUGUAUCUUAGAUCAGUUCCCCCCCCCCACCCCCAGUGUAGACCAGGCCUAAAACACAAUUACACUUUACUUAGCAACACAAGAGAUACACAGACAACAUAAUAAACACACCUCCGUUUCCUAACCACUCUGGAGAGUUCUUUGGACUUGGGCUUCCUCUGGGCUGUCCAGGAUCCUUCUUCUGCAGCUGAUUGUUUCUUUUUAGAAUCAUUGAGUACU